ACAAUUAACGAAGCGUGGCCAUGACUACUUACAAGGGCAGCAACUAAAAAUAUAGCCAAUUUCAAAGUAACUUCUGAAUCAUAAUAAUACAGGGUCACAUCUUAAAAUCUCCGAUUCCUUAACGGUUGCCAUUGGGUCAGGGCAUGACGAGAUGGUCGAUUUGCUUCGAUUCGGACUUGGUAAAACAUCUUUUUCUAACCGAUCUCUCUCUGGAAGGUGUGAAUGGAAAUAAAGAAAGAAGAUAACCGACAAAGGAAAUUCUUUAUAACAAGUGGAGAGCGAUGCUUCCUAUUCUUUCGAACCCCGACCCAUCCUCCCUCCGUCCACGUUCCACGAAGCCAAAGGAACCUGGCAGCCGUUCAGCAAAUAAUGUUGAUGCGUUGAUAUCUGAUAUCCACCCUCUGCCUAAACUUCCUCACGAAAUCUGGCUCCAAAUACUAGCGUUUCUCGGUCCAGGCGCUCUCACAAAACUUCGCAGUGCAGACAGAGGGUGGCGAAAGCGAGCCGAUGAUGCGUCCCUUUGGCGUGCACUCUGUCUUGCUCAAGAUGUAGAACCCGAUAAGCUUAUCCGAUAUCAUCGCAAAGACAAAGAAGAGUGUGAUGGAUCGCGUACUGAAAGAGAUUCGGUCGAAAGAAGAGAUGACGACCAGAUUGACUGGAAGAGUACUUUCAUCGCUCACUAUCGUCGCGAAAAGGAACGAUCGCGCAGAUUCUGGGCAGGACAUGAAUGCUUGGCACUUCAGCAAAUGUUGGGAGCGGUCACAUCACCAAGAGGGAUACCUGAUGGGCUAUUGCCUGUUAGAAGACUAGUACCUGUUCCAGUGGUGCCAUGUGAGCAAUGCGAGGCGGAAAAGGUGCUUAUGCACCAGCUGGGAUUUUGGAACCCUGACGUACCGUACACAUCCGAAGGCUCCUGGUCCUCCGUUGCGACCGUCUACACCGGAGGGUCUAGCACGUCCGACGCCUUGAGGGCCGCGGUGGUCCAGCCACCAUUGUCUCGACGUCUGUCACGGGCAUCCGUUAUCCUGCAUACACUAACAUCAGGAUGCGACCUUGCCAACGGCCUAAAAGACUUUGUACCCCGCAUGCAGGUUGUUAAUGAUGUGGUUGUGAGACGAGGCUCGGGCGGACAUGGCGUUAUUGUCUUGCCAAGUGCGAGUGGUCUGGAAACAGAGGAAAUCCUUGAAGGGAUACUGCGGUUGCCUAGCUUUAGAAAUUAGGAGUUAGAAAUUGUUUGCUGGUGUAGGUAGG